AUGAACACCUCAGAGACUGGAAACGUUAUUGGUGUGCUUAUUAAAAAGCAUCUUCCUGAAGUGUAUGCCCUAAAGCUCUAUGCGUCUCCCAUUUGGUUUGUGGUGGGCUUUAUUGGAAACCUUAUAGCCUUCUUUAUAUGGGUAUCUCCACGACAGCGUGGGAAAAACAGUUCCGCCAUCUACUUAGCAACCCUUGCGAUGACAGACCUUUUGCUUAUCGUAUGUCUAUUUACUGAGUAUCUUCGUCUAUACCUGUUCAUCAGUUCCUUUCUGACUCUUAACGGAAUAUGUCAACUCUUCCAAGGAAUAUUCCUUUUCCUUCAGUACUACUCUAUUGUCCUGACAUUUGGAUUUACCCUCGAAAGGUGGAUUGCCAUUUGCUAUCCCUUUAAACGCCAAGAGCUCUGCUCCACCAAGCGUGCUUUAAUUGGAGUCUCUGUUCUUGCCAUGAUUGUUGCUUGUUUCUCAAUUUUCUUUGCUUCAACGUGGGAAGUAACAGAUGGAGUUUGUAAUGUAGCGACAAGAUGGCAAAUGGAUGCUUACUUAACUAUUUAUCUAAGCACCACUGAGUGUAUAUUCUCCCUGAUUAUUCCAAUUGCAACUCUUGUACUCAACUGCCUGGUACUUAGGGAAAUUGGACAUUUAGUGAAAUCUAAAAUUCUGGUUAGCAGAGGAAGUUCACAUAAUUCACAAAGAAAUAUAUCAAUGGCUCGAAGAUCAAAUCAAAAUCAAGUGGCUCAACAAAAGAAGCGCCCAACUGGAGAUAGGUCCAUAGAGGCGUCUACAGAACCACUUGUUCUAGGAGCAAAACACAGCAGUGCUCAUGCAAGUGCAAAGGAGCAAGCAAAUUUUCAAGCAAUAACACUAAUGCUUGUUAUAUUAUCAUUUUAUCUUAUCAUCUGUACUCUACCGGUGGGAAUCGUUUAUGUAGUUCAAAUGCGGUAUGCGAGCGUUAAUGUGGAAAAUGCUGACAAAGAAGACCCUUUAAGUCCAGAAUUGCAGCAAUACCUGCGUUUUUUGACAGCCAAGGAGAUAAUCGACUUCCUCUGCUCCUCACACUAUGCUUGUAACUUUAUUAUUUACGUAUUGACUGGUAAGAGUUUUCGUCAACAACUACAGGAUACUAUUCUAUGUCGGUCUCAACAGGGCCGAAUUGACAUGACUUCAAUGCACAACAAAACGGUGUGUGUUCGUGCAAAGAACCAGUUACGUGCAGAUGAAAAAAAUCUUAAAGAUGAAAACAAUGAAAAUCGUAAUCCCAACCAUCGAGGAUCACAACUUCUCGAUCGCAAGGUGAAAAAUGAAAUUUAG